GUCAAUAUUUUUCAUCCUCAACUAUUAUGGCCCCCCGUAGAAAGAACAGGACGCAUCUCAAAGGAGCUGCUAGUUUGGAUGAGGCCUCAAAAAACUCAGAUCCCAGGUCUUUUAUCAUAAAACACGGGCAAGUUGGCUCUUCAAUUGCUCAACUUGUUCGCGACAUGCGAAAAGUGAUGGAGCCCAAUACCGCCAGUCGGCUAAAAGAAAGAACCAGGAAUAAGCUAAAGGAUUAUCUGACCAUGGCUCCUGCUCUUCACGUCACCCAUUUACUUGCUUUUACUCUGACCGAUGUCGCCCCCUCGCUACGAUUGAUACGGUUAUCGAAUGGACCCACGCUCAGUUUCCGUGUGGAGAGGUAUAGUCUGAUGAAGGACAUUCUGAAAAUAACAAAAAGAGCACGUAGUAUGGGAUUGGGGUAUCUAUCACCACCUCUGCUCGUGCUUGCCUCCUUCCCGCCCCCGUCCGAAGCACCUCCCCAUCUGAACCUCAUUAUGAAAGCUUUCCAGUCCCUGUUUCCAUCGCUCUCUCCCCACACCCUCAAACUCUCAAACGCCCGUCGCGUCGUCCUCGUUGCAUAUAAUAGCGAACGCGGCACCAUCGAUUUUCGGCACUAUAUAAUCACAGUCAAAGCAUACGGCGUCUCGAAACGCGUGCGUCGAAUAUUGGAAGGAGGGACUGCGCCUAAGAACACCACAGGAUCAACUGCAAUGCUUGAUCUAGGACGAGAGAAAGAUAUUGCAGAUUUCGUUUUGCGAAAGCGAGGGGAAUUCGGUCCAGAUGCGGGAUACGAAAGCGCUGCUUCAUCUGCUGACAGUGUUGCUGGAGAUGACGGAGACACUGUUAACCUAGCCGACGACUACGUUGGAAGAAACAAUAAAAAAGGCCAACGAAGAGCGGUCAGACUUGAUGAAGUGGGACCACGACUAGAACUUCGAUUAAUGAAGAUUACGGAGGGUAUCCCGGGAAAAGAAGGCCAAGUCUUGUAUCACGAGUUCGUGCAUAAAUCUCGAAAAGAAAUUGCGGAGCAGAAAGCUGCGAUAGCGUCAAGGGACAAGCUCAGACAACAACGAAGAGAGGAGCAGGAACGCAACGUCGCACGGAAGAAAACCGAAAACGGUGAAAAGGCUGUCACAUACGACAGCAACGAAGACGUCGAAGAAGACGAGAAGGAAUGGGACGAUGAAGAGGUGAUUACGGAUGGGGAAGAGGAGGAAGGGGAAGGGGAUUCAGAAGACGGCGGUUAUGAAACUAGUGAAGAUGAAAGAGAUCAAAGACCGAAGAAGAAAAUCAAGUAAGGGCGUGAAAGGGCAAAAGCUAGAUAUAGUAUACGACGUAUGAUAGCUUUCGAGCUCGACUAUGAGAUACUUAACAGAAUGGUGCUUUAUACUGCAUCUGUCGAACUUGCCCCAAACCAUCUUCCAAAGUAAUGCUCUACCCUCAUCUUCAAGCCCUCCCAAUUGUCCAAAGCGGGCCGGACAUCGAGAUAAAACGAGACAUUUUUUGACCCGUCAGAGCGACCGGUGUAGAAAUCGAUAAUGUAUCUCGUACGAAUUCCACAGCGGUCCACGACCCAGUCAUGCCUAUCAAAGGGCGCUGCGUAUCUAUUGAAUAGGACCAUAUGUGAUUGCAUAGAAGUCGGGGAAUUGAAGGAAACGUACCCUAGUAGCAUCUUCCAUCGAGCCCUUGGACUACGUUCGUUGGGUCUACCCUUGAAGUUCACCAGUUUUAUUCCUCCACACACCUCUCCCCCUCGUCCACUCUCCCAUCUGAGGAUCUCAGCCCAAGCGCGUUCAUUGACCGCAUUGUGUAUCGGUACGAUAGUUUUCAUGUCUGCUUCCUGCGGAUUGUGAUUUUUCCGAGCCAUGGCUGCAAAGAACUGUGCCUCAGAAGGGUAGACCCAUUUUUCAUCUGUAUCUCGGGGUAUCGACGACACUUGGCGUUCUGAUGAAAGCACGGGUUUGUUGUGUGAAGUGGGAGAAGAUGAGAAAAAGCGAGACCAUGUUGAAUGCGUCGGGUGGUCAACUGGACACGGGUCCUGUGUUGAAGAUCCAUGGUCUACCGGACAUUUGCUGUCCUGGGAUGACAUGGUCAGAGUCUGGAAGGUGCGGUUUCCUACCGGGACGG